CUGGAAGUCACCGUCGUCAGCAACAAGGGGCUGUUGUAGACAUUUUAGAACUAGGCGGGGCUUUCGACUUUGCGUUUGGUAUUCACCGUAAGUAGCUAGCUACACUGGCUAACCCCAAGAGUCAGUUAAUUAUUGACAAAAUAGGAUCAUCAUCAAGCCAGAUAAGAAUACGAACGUUAACCUGUGAGGGACAAGUGAAGCCAUGGCUGAAGCCGAGGAUAUUUUUCUUAGAGCAAAACAGCGGACAUUCACCGGACUGACCGAAGAUGAACAGAAGGAAUGGAGAGGGCCGUUCUGCUUCAUCCAAGCUGCUGACCCCCAGCUGGGUCUGAUGAAGACCUGGAGGGAGGGGGACUGUGACGGGGGAGGGGACGAGUGGGCCGAUGAGGUCCAGCUGACCCAGCAGGCUGUGGAGGCCGUCAACAAGCUGAGCCCCAGGCCCAAGUUCAUGGUGCUGUGUGGGGACCUGGUUCAUGCCAUGCCAAGCACCCCGUACCGGGAGGGGCAGGAGCGGGACUUGAAGGUGGCUCUGAGAGGCACAGAUCCCUCCAUCCCUCUGGUGUUUGUCAGUGGGAACCAUGACCUGGGUAACACACCCACUCCGGAGACUGUAGCCCAGUUCUGCAACGCCUGGGGAGACGACUACUUCAGCUUCUGGGUUGGAGGGGUGCUGUGUCUGGUGCUGAACUCCCAGCUGUUCUUUGAUGCGUCGGCCUGCCCUGAUCUGAGAGACGCCCAGGAGGCCUGGCUAGAGGGCCAGCUGCAGAGGGCAUCUCAGGGGCCCGGGGUCACCCCCAAACACGUCCUGGUGUUCCAGCACAUCCCUCUGUACUUGAAGACCCCCGACGAGGAUGACGACUACUUUAACCUGCAGACCGCCACGAGGCAGAGCCUCAUAGGCAGGUUCAAACAGGCAGGAGUGAAGGCGGUGUUCUCCGGACACUACCACCGUAAUGCAGGGGGGCUCCACGACGGCCUGGACAUGGUGGUGAGCUCCGCUAUAGGCUGCCAGCUGGGAGACGACACCCAUGGGGUCAGGGUGGUGGUAGUGACCGCUGACCAGGUCAUCCAUCGCUACCACAGCCUGGAGCAGCUCAGUGGGCGGGGCAUGGACAAGGACCUCAGGAAACUACUGCAGGCCUGAGCCAAUCAGAGGAGAGGGGACACACAGGACCAGAACACCAGGGCCCGAUUCAUAAAGCAUCUCAGAGUAGAGGAGUGCUGAUCUAGGAUCAGGUCCCUCUUUUUAUUCCUUAUAAUUUAAAAGGCAGAUCCUAGAUCAGCACUGCUACUCUGACUCUGUGAAUACAGGCUCAGGACCAGAACACCAGACAGUGGAGAGAAAGUCUGUCAAUCGUCGUAAGACUUGUAGCCUACUGUGAAUAAACACUAACCCAUUGUAUCGUACAAGGUCAUCAGUCACAGAAUGUGCUGGAUUUACCUUACUCCAGAGAGAAAAAACUGUUCUACUGUUGUCAUAAGUUACUCUUGUGUCAACAAUAUCCUAGUUAUGAAAAAAAAAAAUGUAUGCACUCACUAACUGUAAGUCGCUCUAGAUAAGAGCGUCUGCUAAAUGACUAAAAUGUAAAUGUAAAAUGUAUCUCUAAGGUCUACUAAGCCACUGUCUGUAACACUCAUAAUGGAAACUAAUCCAAUGAGCAUGUCCUGUGUUAGUAGUCAUGUGUCUUUUUAUAUCAAGCCUGAGAAAUCGCUUGGGGGGGAAUAUUGUUUGUCUUGUCUAGUAGCAGCACUGAAUGUCUUUACUGACGAAUGGUACUAGUAUGACUCUAUAGCCCUGAAACGACUCCCCGUUGCCCUGUGUGAAUAUUUUCAACCCCACUCACCCAAUCCUCGAUGCAACAAAUUGUCAUGGCAACAGCCAUUGUCCUCGUUGAACAGGCCUGAUGGUGGUGAUGGGUGGGCCAACAACAACAACAUGAUGACCUCUGCAAUGAAAACACUGUCAUGGGAUAAACAACUCUUCAGUUUACAGCAACGUCCCGUCUGUGAACGUGAUGUUCCCUACUACGUAUUUUAUGUCUUCAAUCUUCUUGACCUCAUUGAGAUUUUGUUAUAUUAGAUUUGUUAAUGGAUUUAGUACUUAAUGAGUUGGGGUAAGGUCAGGAUACAAUCAAAAGUAAUGUUCUGUUUUAUUUUUUUUAUGAAUAAACAUUGAUUUAAACUAUU